UCUUUCAAUGAUAUAAAAAGUAAACACGAAUGAAACGAUCUUAACAGUUCCAUUCAUCUCACAAUGUAUCUCAAGUGUAUUCUCCUUUUAUGUGCGGCGGAAUUGAUCUGGACAGUUCUGGGAGAAUACCACACUCCUAGUGAAGAAGUCGGCAAAAGAGUAGCAAAUUAUGACCCGAAAGUUAGCCGCGGUUAUCCCUUCGAGCUGGGAUUAGGCUACUACUUCCAGGGAGACAUAAUGCUUGAGCCUCCCAAGAAGGGAAGAGUGUCUGUCUCUGAAAGAUACGUCGCCAAGAUUUGGCCCAGAGGAAGGGUUCCAUACCAAAUAAGUGGAAAUUUCACUCAAGAUGAGAUAAGCACAAUCCAUGCUGCCAUUGCAAUGUACAACGAACACACCUGCGUUCGCUUUGUGCGAAGAGGUAUUUUCGACGCUCAGUACAUAAAAAUCGUCAACAGCAAUGCCGGAUGCUACUCGUAUGUGGGAAGAAGUACCAACAAUCAAUACAACUUGAUAAAUCUCCAAACACCGUCAUGUUUGUAUUCUGUGGGCACACCAGUACACGAAAUGAUGCACGCCAUUGGCUUUUAUCACGAAUUCACCAGGCCAGAUCGUGACGAUUGGAUCACCAUCAACCGCAGUGCUCUUGUGCCUGAAUACCAAACCGAUCAAUUCUUCAAUGCAAACUGGGGCAAAGUGGAUGCCAACGAAGUGGACCUCUACAAUAUUACUUACAAUUAUGGCAGUGUAAUGCAUUACUCAAAGUAUGCAGGAGCUGCAAGCGCCGAAUAUCCGGUGAUGGAUAAUAAGCAACCCUGGGAUGGAGAUUUCGGAAAUGAACAAGGCUUUGCACAAACAGAUAUCGAUUCAAUUAACAUUAGAUAUAAAUGUGCUCAAAGAAAAAAUAGUAACAAAUCGAAGUCCAAUAAGAAGUUGACCAAAUCAAAAAUCACACAAUGAGUAUGAUUUGUACUAAAAUAUCAAAAUCGUUUGUAUAGUGACAUGUUAUUUAUAAAUAA